AUUCGUCUAUAGGGUAGCCAGACUCCUGCAAGGAUAUCCUAAAGCCCUAUAAGCUUCCAUACACCUACACCGUCAUGCAUGUGUGUCGUGAUUGAAUUCCAAACUUCCUGCAGUCAAGAGUCUUCAGAUGCGGCCAUCUAGUAGAGCUUUCAAGCGAGCCAUUGGUCGGCUCAACCGCCCCCAAGUCACAUACGUCUGAUAACCCAUCCAAUAUCUGGAUGGCACUGUAGCCUAAAGCCUUGGAUCAUAUAUAAAGAGAAGGGCUCCUUCGUCGACAUGGAAGACUACUCACAAUCCCAGACAGGAAUCUGCUCUAUAGGCGCCACUACUUGGAAGAUGGCUACAACAUUUCUACAAUACCUUACCCUCCCAAACCCAAAACCAAACUCCGAAAAUUGCAAGGACGGAACCAGCACAAAGGUCCCAGUAGUGUACGGGCCCUAUGACGUGAAGCGGUGGAGAGGUCUCACCUGGGGGAACUUAAACGCGAGCUUUGGGCAUGUACUAAGGCAGACAAUGCGUGAACCGAGAAUCAGAGAUGCGAGUGAUGUGGCUUCCGCGAAAACAGUUAUUUACAAAGAACCUUCAGUAACAAGGUUGGUGCAACAUUGGAAUGAACCUGUCGUUCAGCAUUCACUCGAUGGAACCGGAAAAGCGUUGAUGGCAACUGAGUUUAAGGAGUACUUGGUCAAGGGCACUCUCCACUUCAUGACAAACACCGGCGAAGGUGAUGUACCGAGAAAGGGCAAAAGAAAACAAGAACCCGACUGGUGCGUAUACCAAGAAGGCCAGAAAGUGAACGAUGUACACAUCAAUUUAGUCCCGGGAGACAGCAAACCAGCAAGUAAGUGGAAAUCAGAAUGGAUAAAAUCUAGAGACGCGGGAAAAAGGAGGCGUGCCAAUCUAGUACUACAGCAAAUCACCAAGUACAUGUGGCUCCGGAAAACAAGAUACGGGUUUGUGAUCAGCGAGGAAGAAUUGGUCCCUGUCCGUCUCUCAACAUUUCGUAAAGGUCCGGAGGCCGCGGAUGAACCUUUAGAGGAUUACGAAAAAAGGCAGAUAGAAGAAUCCCAAGGUGAAUUUCUUGAAAAUCCCGAAGAAGAUGAAGAAGAUCCGGAGUACCAAGAAGACCAAGAUAUCGACUUGUCCGAUUACCAAACACUAGGAAUCCCCUUUUCAGAUCCAGAAAACACAAUUCGCACACGUCUGGAAUACUGUGUUAUCCCCUGGGCUACGGAUUGGGGUAAGAAAAACACGAAUAAACUCACCGUCAAUUUGGCCUUGUGGUGGCUUCCGAUGCUUGCCAUUCAAGACUCGUCGAUAAAGAAGGCCGAUGAUUAUGAUCCCUUGAAGCAGGUUACACGCGAUUGUGGGCGGCAAGUUCAAGACGAUAUCAUCGAUGGGACUCAGGGAGACCCCACGGCGAAUCCGCGCAAGCGCAAAGCUGGAAGUUCAGAUCGACCCGCGAGAGGUUCGAAAUCCAGCAGAGGGGCAGUGAGCCGUGCUCCUGCUAAUGGAGCUGCCUCUCCCCGGAGAGGAGUUGGACAGCAUGAUCAAAACAGCCGACACGGAUCGAUAAAUGGGGAUAUAUUUGCCCGGUUGCCCGCGGCCUCCCGCGCUUGUUCGGCUGGACCCGCGCGGCCAGCAAAAAGGAACAGGGGGUUGCACACGGACUCCCCUUCCCCUUCUGCUGUGAGUAGCUCACAAGCGACAAAUAUGGACGACCGCUAUUUACUCUCAUUUACAGAGAGCGUAGGGUGAUAUGUUUUAUGGGAGGCUUGUAAUUGGGC